GUUGAAUGUGAGAAAUUGAAGGCAGUUGUGUAUGAUAAUGAUGAAUUACUUCGUGAUUUGCUGCAAACGUCAUCGAAUCCAAAUAAGGUGCAUUAUAAGGAUACAUACGGCAGAAGUGCGUUGCAUAUUGCCGCUCAACAUGGAAAUACAACCACUAUCGAUUUGUUAAUCGAAGCUGGAGUGGACGACGGGCUCGGAGGUGUCUGCAACAUAUUGAACGCCCAAAUCCCUUUCAUUCUCUGGCGCCUCUUUAUGGGUUUGGCUUCUGCCAAGCGGUUGAUUUCAGCGGAUGUGAAUUGUAUGGCAGGUGCGAGUGCACUGUGCAUGACCCCACUGCAUGUAGCCGCAAGUUCGGGUCAAGUCUCAGCCGUUAAACGUCUGAUAGAGCAUGGUGCUGAUCUGCUGGCAACUGACCUGUCGGAACACUGUGCACUGGAGUUGGCACAAAUGACAAAUCAAUUCGAAACCGCUUGUCUUCUUAUCGAUGCUAUCGGUUCGUCUCUUUACUCUGCUGUCACCAGAUAUUUUAUUAUAGUAUCAAGUUUUUGA